AUGCCUGUAACACCCUCGAAUUCCUUGAUUUUGCUCACAGGCGCUUCCGGCUUCAUUGGGUCGUGGAUUCUGAAACUUCUCCUCGAAAGAGGAUACAGCGUUCGCGCAGCUGUACGGAAUCUGGACGAGGCCGACUUUUUGCGUCGCAGACUCGCCCUUCAUCAGGAAAAACUUGACUUCUGGGUUGUCGAAGACAUUGCGUCCCCAGAUAUUUUCCCAGAAGCACUCAAGGACGUCUCUGGAGUCGUCCAUACCGCCAGUCGAGUGCCAUCUCCGGGUGACGAAGGCGUCCAUCCACAAGAAUUUAUCAGACCAGCUCUUCAUGGAACUCUCAAUCUUCUCCGAAGCUGCAUAAAUGCAGGGUCUGUCAGACGAGUCGUCAUCACGUCUUCGGCUGCCGCUCUAAUCGACCCAGCGGAUAUUACACCCAUACAUUACACCGAAGAUUCCUGGAAUGUUAGCUGCCUCGCGAAUAUCGGGAUCGACUCUCCGUCAACGGCAAAGUACGCGGCGUCCAAGACCCUUGCAGAACAAGCAGCCUGGAAAUUUAUGAGAGAGGAACGACCAGUUUUCGAUCUUGUAACCUUGGUCCCAAGUUUUGUGUUUGGACCUCCCUUCAAUAAUACGAUCCAAAAUUCUAACAUGGUUCUACUUCAGUAUCUCGGCAAAGACGCUGAUAUCGACCCAGUUUCUCUGCAGAACAUAUCCGAACUCCACUGUGUUGAUGUCCGUGACCUUGCUGAACAGCACGUUCGGGCUCUGACCUCGCCUACUGCUGGUAAUGAGCGUAUUAUCGCCUCUGCUCAUACAAUUUGCAGACAGCACAUUCUGAACGUUUUACACGAACAUCCCGUUCCAGGUGUGGAAGUACCGACAGGAAAUCCCGACAUUCUUCAUGGAUGGUCGUCAACAGUCACCCUAUCUCACGAAAGGAACGACCGUAUACUGCAAGUCAAAUACCGGCCCCUCAGCGAAACGGUUCGAGGUUCUAUCAUCGCCGCUAUGGACUACGGCUGGAAGCAGUUUAUAAAAACAGAUGUGAAGGCCAUCACCUACCUACGCAAGCCGGCAUCUGCUCAGAGUGAAAUCGCCCAUCAGAUGCCUGCUAUCAAUCCUUCAGCUAAAAUUCUGGUUACAGGUGGCUCUGGUUUCCUUGGAGCUUGGAUCAUCAAAUAUCUUCUCGAACAAGGAUUCACCGUCCGCACGACUGUGCGCACCCCUGCCAAAGCAGACUUCCUCAGACAGGUCUUCGCCGACUCAGCCUCCAGACUAGAAUUCUCCUACGUUCCAGAGAUCGCCGUUGAGAAUGCAUUCGACGAAUCCCUCAGCGCCGGAGACAUUGAUGCAGUGAUACAUUGCGCUUCUCCUCUAUUGGUUUCGGAUCCCAAAGGUGACCCGGAUUUGACAAUCAAGCCGGCAGUUCAAGGUACCCUUGGAGUCUUGAAGAGUUGUCAGAAAUCUCCGUCCGUCAAGCGCGUUGUCAUCACUUCUUCAGUUUCAGCGGUCAAGAGUCCCCGAGACGUUGGACACGUGUAUACAGAGGAGGACUGGAACUACGAUAUUGUCAAGGUUGUCAAGCAGUACGGUGGCGAAGCACCACCACUUGCAAAGUAUUCUGCGAGCAAGGUGCUCGCGGAGACAGCAGCCUGGGAUUGGCUUAAAGAAAACAAGGUCGAAUACGACGUCGUUGUCAUGCUUCCUGUCUUCUUGUUUGGGCCUGUUCUGAGCGAAACAACGAGCGAUAUAGCAGGCUCAAAUGGUGUCCUUCUCGGUAUUAUCAAGCAAUCUACACUGAAUAGUCUCUCUCCGGAGAUGUUAGCAUUUCCCAUCGACUUUAUCGACGUCCGUGAGACGGCGCUGGAGCAUAUCAAAGCACUCAUGACCCCCAAAGCGAGUGGGCAGCGCAUUCUUAGCACCAGCUACAUAUGGACACUAGAGGAACUUUUGGACGAGCUUCAAAAGAAUCCCGUCGAGGGCAUCACCAUUCCAGCGUAUGAAAGGAGUGGCGUGAAGGCACCGUUUAGUUACUCCAAGGAGAAGAAUGCGAGACUCCUUGGCAUUCCUAAUAGGCCUGGUAUCGAGACACUUACUGACUUGCUCAAGUUUGCCGUCUCGAUUGGAUGGACGCAAUGA